AUGUCGUUCGUUCAAGAUACCGCGACCAUCCUUGCGACUCCAGCUGCCACAGCUUCGUCAUCCGCCAUGCAAUCUGUCAACUCCACGGCAAUUACCACCGCCCGGUAUUCGCUGCUCUCGUCGCCCCGCGAGCUCCUCACUCUCCCAUUGCGUGGUCUGCGUCAGGCGGAGAACCUUGUGUUUUCGACUCUUCCAAGGCAACUCUCGAGGUUAGUGGGACUACCGGAUAUGGCGACACGGAUCUCGGGUCAUGCCCCUGUAACAGGAUCGGAGGCCGAUGCGGUGGUAGCAGCAACACAGGCCGCGGCUGGAGCAGCACGAGAGGGGAUGGCUGAUGCUGCCGCGCAAGGGGAAACAGACUUUCACCGACGCAUGGCGCUGCGAAUCAUUCCCAUUGUGUUGUUCAUCUCUCAGAUCCUCGUCUUGCUUCGUGCUAUACGGUGUCAAACAUCUCCCGAUUACCCUCUCAUUCGUUACGGUACCCCCGGAAAACGAUUGUCGCUUGAUCAUGCUGCUGGAGGCGGAUUUCUCUAUUCUCUCAGUUCCACACUUUUAUCAUGGGAGUCCGAUCAACAAUCUUGCAGCGCGGUGAAGAUGAGUCGGCCCGUCAACGCCUCGGAUGUUCCUUACGGCUCGUUCGUUUUCUUGUGGCCUGUUUUCCUGCGGCUCUGCCUCAGCCACUUUGUCGAGACUCUCUCUUGCGCUUUGCAGGGAAGAGCAGUCGUGACCGAGGCUGGGAUGUCUAUUUUCGAGCAUUCCCUUGCCUUUGCCGAGGCUGAAUCGAUGAUAAGCCAGUCCAUUGGGCUUGGGUUAUUUGGGCUUCCCAAGCACUCCACCAGCAAGGACAGCUCGUUAUCGUCCAGCGAAUCCGCCCACUCAGCCCUCCAGCUGCUUAGCAGAGCGCAGGUCUUGGAACGAAUGAACGUUACUCCUGAAUUGCUCUUAAUCGCUUUGAUCUCUUGUUGUAACAGCUUGACGUCAAACAUUUUGGAUGUGCUAGGUAAACAAAGCCGGUAUCGCCUAUUUAACACUGCUUUCUGGGGCCUUUGCUUUAUGUCUGCCAUGGUAUGGGGUCUAUUGACUGGCUCGCCGACGGGAAGCGACACUGGCGUACUGAAAUUUCCCACGGUCUGCAUUGUAGGCUUUGUGCCUCACCUAUUGAUAUUACUAGGCAUUGUCAUUUGCGUGAUUAUUUAUACUAUUGCUCUCGUGAUCACGGCUUUUUCAUUACCACCGGACGCUGGGCAGCCGCUUUCUCUUCGAGAACGAUUUUCACUCGCCCACGAAAACAUGCAAGGAGCAAACCAGAUUCGGAAUAUCCGCUUCAACCGACAUGAGGAUUUCUAUACCACAUUACUUCGGAUUGGGUACACUGCUUUAACCGCUGCUAGUGAAGCAGUUUUUUUGAACGAAGGGAAAGUGGUUGUUGCACAUCGGAUGACAUGGUUAGAGGAGGAUAGGCUGGCGGAGAUCGAAAAUUCACGACGCUCUCGCUCUACCCGGCAGAGUCCAGGGGGCUACGACCGGGACGUGCCAUUUACAGGUGUCGAACCAAUCACCUUCGAUAUUUCGGAACCAUCAGCAGAAUGGGAAAGUGGGUACGGGAAGGAGAAGAAGAUCGAGAAACCUAAAGGCGGAUCUCGGUCCGUACGGUCUCACACCGAUCCUGGCGGUGUUGGCGCAUUUCGAGGCGCGACUAGAUGCUAUCAUGGCUUCUCUUUCUUUCGUGGCAUUUUCUAUCUCAUACUCAAGUGGACCGCCUACGGAUUCGACAGAGUACUAGACCGAGUCGGCAUCAGUGCGCGACCACAAUGGCUGAAGACUCUAGUCGGGUCGCGCAGAAGGGCCCUGCAAGAGAGAAAUAGUAACAGUCGGACAGAAUCGCUGGAUUUCUGGAUCCUGACCGACGAAGGCGAACUUGAGCUGCCUGGAGACUAUGAGUUUGAUGUAGAGAAGGAAAUGCGAAAAAGGGAGCUUUCCAUUGCACCGCAUUGGGAGGAGUCCGACGAGAAGCGCCUCGAUGAAAAGCUCUAUGGUUGGUGGAGAGCUGGCGGCUCGUGGGGUAACCAGGAUCAGAGUCCCGACUAUAUACCCUCUGACAGCGACGAUCUUUGUGAUACCACCAGCGUUGUAUCUAUGUCAACAAAUGGUGAAUCGGAGUGGGAAGACGAAUCUGAUGGCCGACGUACACCUACGCCACGCAACCCAUACCCAGCAGGCGUCUCGCGGGAGAGCAGCCCUCUUGACGAGUCGCUGAUGGAUGUUGGCUCUUUUGCGCGCCUCCUCGACCCUCGUGACCAGGAAAGCAGGCAUGAGGCACGUAUCCUAGCUGCCCAUCUUGCUGCUGGGCGAGAUGGACGCAUUAUGACGCGACGUCAAUUUCAGCAAAAGAUGGAGCGCGAGAGAGCGCAGGUUCUUUUAUCCUCGCGGCUAUCACGGCUUGCUGGCCAGCAGACGGGUAAGGAGAAGCGGAAACCAACUCCGGAGGAAGAGUCUGAGAUGCUCGAGAACUUCAUUCUGGCUCGUCGAUCCGAAGCCAAUCGUGCAGGUCCUGAGGCGCAGGCGUGGGAGUCGGGCGCCUCGGGCCUUGGACCGGACGGUCCGCCAUCGCCGAUUCCGCUCCGCUAUCCGCUGCACUUUGUCCUUGGAGCCAGCCCGCUCAGCGCAGCAAAUACGAAGAUUCCCAUCAUGGGUCAUCCACGCAAGUCCAGCCUUCUGGGAGAGGAUAUCCCAGGCGAUACCGCCCCGGCCAUGUCCACCAUGAACGAGGUCAGCCCUAUUGAGGGAGAAGCUCCAAAAUGGGACAAGGCCUUACAGAAGAACCAGGCAACCCCUGAAAAAUCUCUCAAAUCGCAAACCAAGCGGCGCAAGAACCGAUCGCCCCUCCGUCGAUUCAAGGACUUAUGUGUGAAACACACCUGGGUUCUACCUCUCCUCCUGAUGACUGUGAUCCUCCUCGCAUACGCCGUUAAUCCCACCCCGGCCAAUCCUCUCCACAGCGCUCUCUUCUUGUCUUACCCGCAACCUCCCAAGACUCCUGGCGGCCCGGUCAUGUACGGAAAAGGGCCCUUGGACUUUGCUUUUGUCGGCUUCUACACUAUUGUCCUGUCUUUCACACGAGAGUUUCUGAUGCAAUGCGUGAUUCGCCCAUGGGCUGCAUACUGUGGCAUUCGCGGCAGAGGAAAGACGGCUAGAUUCAUGGAGCAGGUCUAUACAGCCAUGUACUUUGCGAUUUUUGGGCCUUUCGGUUUAUACGUGAUGAAGCAGACGGAUAUUUGGUACUUCAACACCACGGCCAUGUUUGAGGGUUUCCCUCACCGGGAGCACGUAGCGAUCUUCAAGGCCUAUUACCUGCUUCAGGCUAGUUACUGGGCUCAGCAAGCGAUUGUGUUGCUGUUGCAGCUCGAAAAGCCCAGAAAGGAUUUCAAGGAGCUUGUCGGUCAUCACAUCAUCACUUUGGCGCUGAUCGGGUUGAGUUACCGAUUCCACUUCACCUAUAUGGGUAUUGCGGUCUACAUCACCCAUGACAUCUCCGAUUUCUUCCUCGCGACCUCGAAAACCCUCAACUAUCUCGACUCCAUCAUCACUGUGCCAUAUUUCGGCACGUUCGUUGUUAUGUGGAUCUACCUGCGCCAUGUACUCAAUCUGAAGAUCCUCUGGGCCGUUCUGACCGAGUUUCGCACCGUUGGACCCUACGAGCUCAACUGGGAGACUCAGCAGUACAAAUGCUGGAUCAGUCAAAUCAUCACCUUCGCCCUGCUGGCCAGUCUGCAAGCCGUUAACCUUUUCUGGCUCUUCUUGAUCCUUCGCAUUCUCAAGAACUACAUCUUCAACAGCGUGAAGAAGGACGAAAGAAGCGACGACGAGACCGAAGAGGAACUCGAGCAGGAGGCAGAGAGCCAUGCCACCCUUGCGACCGGAGCGGAGCAACCUCUUCUCACCCCUCGCAAUACAAACAAGGCCCCUCAGGUUCUGGUCAAUGGCGAGCCUCUUGGCGCAAAGGCCGACUCAUAG